UGAUAAUAAUAGUCAGUGGGUGAAAGUGAGGUUGGAAAACCUUAAAUUUCACUACAAACAAUAGUUUAUUUUCACUAUUGUUUGUAUAACAAUUUAAAAUUACUAUACAAUAAACCAGUGUUGUCAAACUGCAAAAUACAAACGAUGAUCGGAAACCCAAUGCAAAUUCUAAAUAUAGACUAAAAUCGAUAGUGCAAAAUGAACCAGAAGUCUAAGCACAAGGGCUUCGCUAGUUUUCUGUUGCCCAACAAGCCCCCCAAUAAAGUUGGAGUCGCAAUAAGCCGAAGUCAGAGCGCCAAAGAGCCCAACUUGCGAAAUCUCACUCAUACCGAGGCCAAAAGUCCUGUUAAAAUUUCUCAGAGGCCUUUGAGUUUUAACGCUAAAAAUGGUACAUUGAAUAAGCAAAAGGAACUACUAGAACCGCCACAAUCCAUCUUGAAACGAGAAAACAGUGUAUCAGAAAGCCACCUAUUUGAAGACAUACUAGAAAAUACUCCACUAGAAAAAUACGGCUCGCACGAAAGCGUUUUAAAAGAAGCAGUGAGCAGCCUUCACAAAAUUCCCACAAUCAAAGCACGAGAACGGAACUUUUUGCACGGAAAAAUCGGAGUCAAUUCUUUACUGGGCCCCCCUGAAUUAGACAGGCUUUGCCCCAACAGAGAAAUCACUAUAUUUGUUGGUACGUGGAACAUGAAUGGACAUUCCCCACCACAAGAAUUGAAUGAUUUUGUAUUGCCUACUGGUAUUAAACAUGUUCCUGAUAUUUUAACUUUUGGAACUCAAGAGUCUUGCUCUGAAAGAUUGGAGUGGGAAGUUUCAUUGCAAGAAACUAUUGGGCCUUCGCAUAUAUUAUAUCAUUCGACUAGUUUAGGUACAUUACAUUUAUGCAUAUUCAUACGUAGAGACUUAAUUUGGUACAUAUCAAUACCGGAAGAUGCCAGUUUAUCCGUAAGACCGGGAACUGCGUUUAGAACCAAAGGGGCAGUGGCCAGUUCCUUUAUGAUAUUUGGUACUUCUUUUUUGUUUGUGACGGCCCAUUUGACUGCACACCAGGAAAAGGUUAAGGAAAGGGUUGGAGAUGUUAAAAGGAUCGUUAACAGUUUGGAUUUGCCCAGACUGUUGCCUUGCAAAAAUAAAUCUAAAGACGUGACCCAAAACUUCGACUACGUCUUUUGGUCGGGGGACCUCAACUUCCGCCUGGCGACCCCCAGAAGCAAAGUCCUAGAGUGGCUCUCCAACACCAGUUUUCCAUUGCCGCCCCAUCUUCCACACGGCUAUAUGCACCACGACCAAUUAUGCACUGUACUUUCCGAUGGGGCAGCUUUUCGUGGUUUUUCCGAGGCCAAAAUAACUUUUCCUCCAACUUAUAAAUACGAUCCAGGUACUCAAACUUUUGAUUCUUCCUCAAAACAAAGAACUCCUGCUUAUACAGAUAGGAUUUUGCACAAACAAAAAAACUGUAGGCGUCUGAGUGGGGCCUUAGAGCAUCCGCCCUUGCAAUGUCUUGUAUACGAUGCCGUUCAGAGUAUUACAACGUCGGAUCAUAAGCCUGUUUGGGGCGUUUUUAGGGCUCAUUUAAGGCCAGGGCUUGAUACGAUUCCUUUGGCAGCUGGUAUGUUUAAUAGGGAUGUGUACUUGGAAGGGUUGAAGCGUAGGGCUGAAACCCUUAGUAAAAGCAAGGGGGCCAGUACGGCGUGUUCCUUACAGUAGACAAUCAAUUAUCCUUGAUAUUACAGGGUGUCCUUCUGAUAGAUGACAAUAUUUCGAUAGAUUUUAUGGAAAAUCAAACUAGUCAAUUUUUUUUUAAGUUUAAUAGUACCUAUAUACACCAUGACCAAAUUGUAAAACUAUUACUUUUAGAGAACCUUAUUUUUUAAUAAAAAUUAAGU